CAAUAGAACAAAGGAAUGAGGCUGACCCUGAAGGACCAGACAGAAGUUCUACCUGCGUUCAGCGCCAUCUGCUGUACCGCGCUGUUGGGCACUAGGGGUCAGCAGAGGGAAGCCCGGAGCGGAGGAGCUGUGAGGAGAAACAUGGCAGCCUCCUUCCCCAAGAUGUUGUCCUUCGGUAAAAAUACGAGGAUUUUACUCGGAGUUUUGAGGCUUUCUGUGGUUCCUGCUCAGAGCUACACUGUACCUGUUUCAAACUACGGGGAAAAGAUCACUCACACUGGGCAGGUUUAUGAUGAAAAUGAUGUGAGAAGAAUGAGAUUCGUGGGUAGACAAAAAGAGGUGAAUGAGAACUUCGCCAUCAAACUGGUUGCAGAGGAGCCAGUGUCUGAUCUAGAAGCAAGAGUGGUUUCUUGUGAUGGGGGUGGAGGAGCUCUCGGUCACCCCAAGGUCUACAUUAACUUGGACAAACUGACCAAAGUGGGCACAUGUGGAUACUGUGGACGGCAGUUUCAGCAGAAACACCAUCACUGAAAAAAACGUCUUCAUAGUCUGCUUGUUAUAAAUUAUUUCCUUUGACAAAUGCUUCAUUCGUUUCCUGUAAAAAAUAAAAUCUUACUAUGAAAA